AUGCAUCACCACUCCACCACCCAUCCCUUACAACUGGCAACCACCACAGCAUCUCUUCUCCAAGGUGACUACUCUAUUGAAAAUUUCCCCCCUGCUAUUUUAAAUCUGGUCAUCCAGGAUGCUCAAAUCCAUGCUGAUGUCAUAAAUGCUGGGCAUGUGAUAGCAAACAGCCAGGGUCUGAUGAAAAACCAUUGGUACUGGCAUGGCAAGCUCUCAGUUGGAGGUGUGCUUGGCCAAGUCCAACUGGGCUUCAACUUCCAGAGCAUUGCUUUGAAUCAAGGUGAAUACAGAGGCAGCAGCCAUGUCAGCCAUUCCAACUCCAACCAUGCCUUCAGCAUCAGUGGUGGUGGCAGCAUCUACAGCGACUUUGGGAGCCAAGGGAAGCCACCCCUUGUUGAGGAAGGUGUCAAGGUCACCAUGGCCAUAUGUGGCAUUGAAAGUGAGGAGAUGAGGGUCAUGUCAGGGCACACACCCUGA